AUGUCAUGUUAAUUAGAAGACUUAGGCAGAGUUUUCCCAAGGAAAUCAGUUUUACUAAAAACAUAUAUGUUGGGUUGUUUUUACUUGUUUUAUCAAACAAUCAAGCCUGAUGAAAAAAAGAAAGAGAAACAACAUAUUUCAGAAUUGAGACCAAACAUUUUAAGAAAUCAUUGUUAACGAAAUUUAUUUUAAAUGACUUGUAGAAAUGACUAAUAGAUGUAAAUGAAGUAAUAGUAAAAGACUUCUUAUGGUUUAAUGGAAUUUAGUAUAAUAUUAAAUCAAUAUAGGAACAUCAUUAUUCCCUGCUUAAGAUUAAAAAUUAAACAAUUCAACUUCUUAAGUGGUAUAUAUAUUGAAUAUAUAUGUAGCAUAUACUUCAAAUACAUUCUAAAAAACUCUAACAUUUUUGUUUGGAUGACUUAUCAACAAUUGAAAGUGAGUUUAUCCCUGAUCUUAAAUUAGAUCUUUAGACUCAUUCUACUGUUGAUAUGACUCAAAGCUGUAUGUUUUGA